CCGAUCAAACUCCUAAUGAAAGUGUUAAGCAGCUGUAAUACUUCAAAGACACUAAAUGCUGGGAACAUGGAGAGUCUGAUUGAGUGCCAGGCAGAGGCUAAUGGCAAGAAAUGCCCCCCGCUGGUCCCAGCAGAUACUGAAGAUGGAGUUUGCCACUCAGCUGCAGAUGGAACAAAGAAAAGAAAGAAGGUGAUAUCACAGUCAUUUACUCUGAGACGAAGCUCUACCAACAGGAACUCCCCAGGGCAGCUAGACACAGAUCCCAAAAUCACUCUGUUUGGACAGCCUCUGGCAAUUAUCUGUGGGGAAGAUGACAAGCUGCCCCAGCCAGUACAGGAUCUCCUCGCUAUAUUGUAUAUAAAAGGACCUUCCACUGAAGGGAUAUUCAGAAAAACUGGCAAUGAGAAAGCACGAAAGGAGUUGAAGGAAGACCUAAACAGAGGCAGGAAUGUUGACUUGAAAAGCAAAUCUGUGCAUCUGCUGGCAGUGGUCUUGAAGGACUUCCUCCGAAAUAUUCCCUCCAAACUUCUCUUGACUGACCUAUAUGAGAAGUGGAUGCAAGCUCUGGAGAAGCCAAGCAAGCAGAACAAAAUUGAAGAAUUGAAAGAGGUGGCCGAGAAACUGCCUAGACCAAACCUCAUCUUGCUCAAGCACUUGCUCUCUCUGCUCCACUACAUCAGCCAAAACUCUGAGACCAACAGGAUGGAUUCCAGCAAUCUGGCCGUCUGUGUUGGCCCAAAUAUGCUGAGCCCAGAGACAGACAGCAUGCUGCCCCUGGAAGUGCAGAAGGAGAUGAAUGACAAGGUGACAGUGUUGGUGGAAUUUCUUAUAAACAACUGCUCGGAAAUAUUUGGGGAGGACAUUGCUUUGCCUGUCUAUGCCUUGCCUAAGGAGUCACUGGAGCACACAGACAGCUCCACAGAACACCAAUGUGCUGCUCACCAGAAUGACUCUGCCUAUGACAGCCCAGAUCCUGAAGCUGAAGCCAGCCCCUUUCCCUCACAGACAGAGCAGCACAAAGGAAGGAACACUAGUGUAAACAGAAGAUAUCCAGCACACAUCACUGCUCCUUCACUGACUGACUUCAGAAAGGACAUCAGCACGAUGGACAGGAGGUACUCAGAGCCAGACCUGGCCUUCCAGAACCACCUUGAAGGCAAGAUAAGGAAACAGAAGCUAAACAAAAGUGAGGACAAUUUUCCAGUUCAGCAGAAUCAGCUAGGGUUGGAAGCAAUGGAGAAAUGGCUUGCAAUCUUACCUGCACAGUUAUCAAAUGACUCUCUCCCCAAAACAUCCUCCAGUUGCUCAUUGGAGAGCUCCGACAGCUCAGUUUUCACCAGCUCCCCAGUAGUUUCCCCCACUAGUCCCAGGAAAACCUUUUUAAUUAGACCCCAGUCCUUUUCCACCAAGGUCAUCAAAGACUGCAGUACACCUAACAGGGUGAUCAAAAACCAUUCCAUGUCAUUUUCUUUUGCAAAUUGCAGGAAAACACUAAUAAAAACUCAGAGUUGGGGGCCUGGAAAAAACAUGUUUUUUCAAAGAGACAGUUUCACAAAGAAAGAUCUGUUCUCCUGCAGAGUUGUCCAGGAGAACAGCUCUGAUGAUGACAAAAAAUGGCCUGUGGCAUAUCAGCAAAGGCCCCGCUUCAGGUCAGCUGAUGAUGUGUUCAGAGAAGUGGAUCAGAAGAAUCCUGGAAGACCACCCUCUUAUGAAGAGGCUACUAAAAACUGCCUGGCCACUACAGUUCCUUCUCACAAUCUCACAGUUCAAGCUAUGAGAUUAAAGGUGUCAAACCAGGACACUGGUUUGCUGCCUCAUCCAUGCAGCAGCUGUGCACAGGAUGCUGAAUAUACAGCUUUAAGGGAUAUACCCAGUGGCAGAGUUUCUGCAGAGGAGGAUUCUGAUGUGGAAACUGAAACACUCAACAUCACUGUGGAAAUAAAAUCCUCUGUGAGUUUACCUGUGACACCAGGAGUCUACCGGCUGAGAGCCAGGUCUGAACCUUGUCAAGAGAAGAAAUUUGAGUAUGUGGCUCGGAGGUGCAGCCCGCCAGUUUUUGAGUUAGACCAGAUUCAGUAUGCUAAGGAAUCCUAUGUUUAGAAACCCUAUCCCUCCUUUUUACACUGUACAAAGUAAAUACUGUAAAAAUAGACAACUUGCUAAUCCUUUGUAAGAAAUUAUUUCAAGAGUCCAAGAAUAAGCUAGCU